UUUUUUUCCUCCUCCGGAGCUGGUAAUUGAGCGCGCCUUGUGUUUUGGGGAGAGACGUCGACUGAUCCCGGUUUGGAUGUUUACUGUUUGACUCUUCUCUGCCCGAAUGACUGAGCUCGGACGCAGUGGGAGACGUGGCUCCCCCUCGGGACGACCUACGGCUAAAGUUUGAAGGUUGCUGAGGUUGCUGUCCGUCUCGCGCGCGCCGUGCGCUGGAUUUGCAAUUCGCCGUAAAUUGCAUCAAAGCGCGGAUACGCUCACGCCGCAAAGCAAGACCUUUCGACUUGGAUUUAUACAUCAUCUGGAUUUCACGCCCCGUCUAAAUCAUGAAGACCGCCACUAUUGAUGGGGGGCGACUCCUGUUUCUGGUGAUGUGGCUGAAUGUCGUGCCUCAGACUUACAGCUGUCCUGGCAAGUGUUUUUGCUUCAGUCAGCCCAGGCCCACUGUGGCCUGCCAACAGCAAGGACUGUUUUCAAUCCCUACAGAGAUCCCUGUGCGGAGCCAACGGAUUUUCCUGCAGAAUAACAAAUUGACGGUGGUGAGGUCCACCAGCUUCAGUUCUUGCCACAAUCUCACCAUUCUUUGGCUCUACUCCAACAAUAUCAGUCACAUUGAGGCUGGAGCUUUCUAUGGUUUGGAAAAACUUGAGCAACUCGACAUUGGAGACAACAGCAAUCUCCGCACCAUCAGCCCUACCGCCUUCCGGGGCUUAACUAAGCUGCACACGCUUCAUCUACACAGGUGUGGCUUGUCAGAGCUCCCAGUUGGGGUUUUCCGAGGAAUGUUCUCUCUACAGUACCUUUACCUGCAGGACAACAACAUUCUCACGUUUCAUGAUGACACUUUUCUGGACCUCGCCAACCUCACUUUUCUUUACCUACACAAUAACAAGAUUAAGAUAGUAACAGACAACAUGUUUCAUGGCCUCAUCAAUCUGGACCGACUGUUGCUACAUCAGAACCGGGUAAUCCAUGUCCAACCAAGGGCUUUUAGAGAUCUGGGUAAGCUGACUUCCCUGUUCUUGUUCUUUAACAAUCUUACGGUCUUGACAGGGGAAACUAUGGACCCUCUGGUGUCUCUUCAGUAUUUGCGUUUAAACGGAAACCAGUGGAUCUGUGAUUGCCGGGCGAGGACCUUGUGGGAUUGGUUUAAACGCUUCAAAGGUUCCAGUUCUGAGUUAGAGUGCAGUGUUCCGGAGAUACUGGCAGGGAAUGAUUUGAAACGUCUGAAAAGUGAAGAGUUAGAGGGGUGUGUGGAAACACCCCAAAUCCAAACCAAUCAUUUCAGCUCCAAAGCACAUCCGGGAAAAUUCCUUUCCACAGAAAAUCCUCUUGGAGAUGCCAUUCCCAGGUGUUGCCUUGGAGAUAACGACAAGUCCUCAAUCCUGUCUGGCAAGAGUCGGCAAAUCACUAACAACCCCCUGAAAGAAAAGGAGAACAUAUCCAAGACUAAACAUAAGGAGCCGGAACAAACGAAAAACGAGACCAGAAACAAGCAGAAUGAUGGACCACUGGGAACCUUGUCUAACAACAUCGACAAAUCCUUGGAAAAUCUAAAUCCUGAUCUUAUGGACAAUCUGGAGCCUUCUACAGCAACAAACAAAAAGAGAAGGAAGUGUUCCAAAAAGCCCAAAUCAGACACCCACUGUGUCAAAAGCCGAGGCUCUAUUUUAGAAGCGCUGCACUUUCCCUUCAUUCUCAUGAUGUGGAUGUCUCUAGCCAUGUCUUAGGACUUCUAAUCUCAUUCACAGCACUGGACACCACAUUGUUGAUGCUCAUGACAAUGACACAGAAGAUGCAGUGAUAUCUACAACAGGCAGCGACUGAAAAGUGAAGGAGUCACACUGACUCAACAUGGGUGAGGACAAACAAUGGCGAGGAUGUUGGAGUAAAUUGAACAAAAUGGAUGCCUUUACAGAACACUACAGAUCUCAUGUAUAUAAUGAAUCGGUGCCCAAAAUUGUUUGUUCUGUAUGUACUUAACUGUACUGUGUCUACAGCUACACUACUUGGGAGAGUUGUCUCUUUGUCCCAUUCAAAAGCUUUUGCUGCAUAGACAGACCUCGGAAAGACUGAAAAAAAAAACAAAAACACAAGUCAAAUAAAAAACGACCAGAAAGCCAAUGACAGAAUCCAAAUGAAGAAGGCUGGGUCUAUUUAAUGGAGAUGAAUGAUCCUUCCACAUUAUUUAUUCAAAAGUGAUGCAUUUGUUGGGUAAUGUUUUGGGGUUUUUUUUGUGUUUUUUUUAUGUUGAUAAAGACCUAUGUUUUGCCUCCCCUCAGUUUCGAUCUAUUUUCAUGACAGAAAGAGUUUAUGGGUUGUAUUUACCAAAAAAAGAAGAAAAAAACCUGUCAAUUUGUUCAUGGAGACUGCAACAGAACCAUAGAUAUGCAUUUUAUUUUACUUGUGUACAAGUAUGAAUAUAUUAUGAAUAAAAGUUCUUAUUUCUUA